AUGGCUAGCUUCACUCGGCCGAUUUCCUCGUCAAUUGAGGGGGUUGAUUUUAGAGUCCUCUCCAACGAGGAGAUCAAAACAAUCUCCGUCAAACUUAUAUACAACACCCCUACACUAGAUUCGCUGAACAAUCCAGUCCCAGGAGGAUUGUACGAUCCUGCUCUUGGAGCAUGGGGUGACCAUAUAUGUACUACAUGCCGUCUGAAUUCCUGGUCCUGCAAUGGCCAUGCCGGACAUAUCGAGCUGCCUGUCCAUGUAUAUAAUGUCACUUUUUUCGACCAGCUAUUUCGCCUCCUGCGAGCGCAGUGUGUCUAUUGCCAUCGCUUCAGGAUGUCUCGGGCAGAUAUAAUGUCCUACACGUGCAAGCUGCGACUGUUGCAGUACGGUUUGGUGGAGGAGGCUGCGGCGAUUGAUAGUAUGGAAAUUCGGAGAGGUAAAGGUAAUGCUGGUUCAGAAUCAGGAGAUAGUGAAGAUGAAGACGAAGAAGACCUUGUGAGGCGUCGGGAUGUGUAUGUCAAACGGUGUAUUCAUCAAGUGUUAGCCAGGAACAAGGAGGGGAAUUUUUUGCAUGGUACAAAGAAUCCCGUUGCUGCGGAACAACGGAGGAAUAUCGUAAGGGCAUUUCUUAAGGAUAUCACGGCUGUUAAAAAAUGCGCAUCUUGUAGCGGUAUUUCUCCUCCGUUCCGUAGAGAUAAAUACUCAAAGAUAUUCAAGAAGCCGUUACCGCAAAAGGCUAAAAUCGCUAUGUCCGAGGCUGGAUUUCAUGUCCCCAACCCCCUGUUGCUGAUAAAAGAAGCGAACGACCUUUCCAAGAAACAUGGCCACCAGUCGCAAGGUUCUAAUAUGAAUGGCUACCUUGAAGAUGACGAUGACGAUGCUAGUGUUUCGACGGAUUUACACGGUGCAGAACAGCAGAUUACCAUGGGCAAUGCAGUAUUGACACAAGUUGAAGAGAGGGGGUCUCGGAACAAUCCCAGUGAACAAGGGGCUCAACAAUUCAUGCCGUCGCCUGAAGUUUAUGCAGCGCUCCGCCUUCUCUUCGAAAAGGAACAAGAAGUUUUAGAUCUGGUAUACGACUCACGGCCAAAAUCAAAUCACCGCCCGCGCGUUACUCCUGAUAUGUUCUUCAUCAAGAACAUUCUUGUGCCGCCAAACAAAUAUCGCCCAAUAGCUGCUAGUGGCUCGAAUGAUAUAAUAGAAGCGCAACAAAACAUCUCGUUUACUAGAAUCAUGAAACUUUGCGACCAAAUAAACCAAAUUAGCAGAGAAAGACAAGGCGACAGCACAGAGUCUGUCACUAGGUUACGAGAUUACCGGGACCUGCUUCAGGCAAUCGUACAGUUACAGGAUGCGGUCAACAGCCUUAUCGAUCGUGACCGUAACCCGAACCAGGGAGCGGCAGGUAUUCAAAAUGAAGACGGUAUCAAACAGAGACUGGAAAAGAAAGAUGGGCUGUUUCGAAAAAAUAUGAUGGGAAAACGAGUUAACUUCGCCGCACGAAGUGUCAUAUCUCCCGAUCCAAACAUUGAAACCAAUGAAAUUGGAGUUCCUCUGGUUUUCGCGAAAAAGCUCACCUAUCCAGAGCCAGUCACAAACCAUAACUAUUGGGAACUUAAAAAUGCCGUGAUAAACGGACCCGAUGUCUAUCCUGGUGCAGCUGCCGUUGAGAAUGAGGUUGGUCAAGUAGUGAGCCUGAAAUUCAAAAGCCAAGAAGAACGACUUGCCAUUGCCAACAUGCUGCUUUCCCCUUCAAACUUCAAGAUGAAACGAUCGAGAAGCAAGAAAGUAUACCGGCAUCUAACCACUGGCGAUGUCGUGCUUAUGAACCGACAGCCCACCCUCCACAAACCAUCUAUAAUGGGUCAUCGCGCCCGAGUGCUUACUGGGGAAAGAACAAUUAGGAUGCAUUACGCAAAUUGUAAAACCUACAACGCAGAUUUCGAUGGUGACGAGAUGAAUCUGCAUUUUCCGCAAAAUGAAUUGGCUAGAGUGGAAGCAAUGCAGUUAGCUGAUACUGAUCAUCAAUACCUAUCCGCCACAGCGGGAAAACCACUUAGAGGCUUGAUCCAGGAUCAUAUUUCCAUGGGAACAUGGUUCACGAGCCGCGAUACAUUCUUUGAUAAAGAUGACUAUUAUCAGCUGUUGUACAACUGUUUGCGACCAGAGAACUCCCACACCGUAACCGAUAAGAUUCUUCUUAUGAAGCCGGCAAUAUUACGACCACGAAAACUUUGGACUGGCAAACAGGUAAUCUCCACGAUUAUGAUGAAUAUUACACCAGAAAGGUUCUAUGGCUUGAACCUUACAGGGAAAUCAAGAACGCCAGGUGAUCGUUGGGGUGAAGGGUCUGAGGAGGGACAAGUCAUUUUUCGAGAUGGCGAGCUUCUUUGUGGUAUUCUCGACUCUGCCCAGCUGGGACCAAGUCCCGGCGGCCUUAUCCAUUCAGUCCACGAGAUUUAUGGACAUGUUGUUGCUGGAAAAUUGCUGGGUGUUUUAGGACGUUUGCUGACAAAAUUUUUGCAUAUGCGAGCGUUUACUUGUGGUAUUGAUGAUCUUCGCCUGACCAAAAAGGGAAACGAGGACCGGAGAAAGAAACUGCAAGAAGCCGAACAUAUAGGUCGUCAUGUAGCGCUCAAAUAUGUGACCUUGGAUCAAACCAAAUUUGAGGACGAAGAGGCUGAGCUUAAACGGCGCCUUGAAGAUGCUCUCCGAGAUGACGAAAAGCAGGCUGGAUUAGACGCUGUUUUAAAUUCGCAAGCUGCUGAUAUAUCAUCUGACAUUACAGCUGCCUGCCUUCCGGUCGGGCUCGAAAAGCCGUUCCCGUGGAACCAAAUGCAAACGAUGACGACAUCUGGAGCGAAGGGAUCUGUUGUCAACGCGAACCUCAUUUCUUGUAACUUAGGCCAGCAAGUUCUUGAAGGUCGUAGAGUGCCUGUGAUGAUUAGUGGGAAAACAUUGCCGUCAUUCAGACCGUUUGACACCAACCUAAUGGCCAGUGGUUUUGUCUCUGGGCGUUUCCUUACGGGAAUAAAGCCUCAGGAGUAUUAUUUCCACGCUAUGGCGGGUCGAGAAGGUCUUAUUGAUACUGCUGUUAAGACUUCAAGAUCCGGGUAUCUCCAGCGAUGCUUAAUCAAAGGAAUGGAGGGGUUAAAGGCAGAAUAUGACAACUCUGUUCGCGAGACCGCAGAUGGAUCUGUCAUGCAGUUCCUCUACGGUGAAGAUGGCCUCGAGAUUACCAAGCAGAAGCAUUUGCAAGACUUUCCUUUUUUGGCUCACAAUUUCUGGUCCGUCGUUGAAGAACUCAAUGGAUCUGACGAGUUCAAUAGAGUUAAGAGCGACAAGGCGGGAGACUGGAAUCGACAUGCCAUUAAAAAAUAUAGAAAGACAGGCAAAUUGGACUGUGUAGACCCCGCGCUUUCCCUUUUUCCCCCUGGAUCCUGCUAUGGAAGUACCUCAGAAACCUUCGCAAUGGCAUUAAAAUUGUAUCAAAAAGACAAUCCCGAUCAAAUCCUAAAAGAGAAGGGCAAAGUCGAGAAAGGAAUUUCCAAAAAGGACUUUGCCAGGGUGAUGAAUCUGAAAUAUAUGAGAUCGGUUGUGGAACCCGGUGAAUCCGUGGGGAUUGUUGCGGGACAGUCUAUCGGCGAGCCGUCUACGCAGAUGACUCUCAACACUUUCCAUUUGGCUGGACAUUCGGCGAAGAACGUGACCCUUGGUAUUCCUCGCCUACGCGAAAUUGUUAUGACAGCUAGUAACCAAAUCCUUACACCAACUAUGACCGGUGUCCUGAGAAAGGAGCUUACUGAAAAGGAUGGAAGAAUUUUUGCUAAAGCGAUUAGCAAGCUUACCAUCGCGGAAGUCGUGGACACCCUCAGAGUCCAUGAGCGCGUUUCAUCUGGGUCAAGUCACGGGAUGGCAAAAAUAUAUGAUUUAGAAAUAGAUUUCUUCCCUCCAGAGGAGUACACAGAAGAAUAUGCCAUCCAGAUCGAGGAUAUUCUCAAAACUCUUCAACACAAGUUUGUACCACGGCUUAUCAAAUUAACAAGAGCGGAGUUGAAGAAACGGACUGAUGAGAAAUCACUUUCUGCUUUCUCCGCUGCCCAACCCGACAUUGGUACAUCCACGGGCGUGGUGGAGGAACCUACCAGGCGUUUUGGGCAUGAAGCCAGAGACGCCGAUGCUGAUGAUGAUGACGAGGAGGACCAAGACGAUGCGAAAAGGGCAAUGUCACACAUGAAUCGUUCGAAUCAAGUCUCUUACGAGGCUCCUGAUGACGGGGAGGAAGACAUUAUCCGUGGACAAGAUUCCCAAGAGCCAGACUCAGAUUCUGAUGAAGAAACUGACGGCAAUCACCAUGGGGAGCAUGCUGCGACUGAGGAUGUUGACAUGCAAGACGCAGACACCGGCUCUGACUCAGAAAAAUUACAAAAAAGCAAACAGAGUGAAGACACUAUUACUGGGAAAUACGCAGAAAUUACUAAGUUCAAAUUUAGCCUUAAAAAAGGCAAAUCAUGCCAUAUCCAGUUGCGAUAUGAUAUUUCGACACCUAAGCUGCUACUUCUUCCUCUAGUCGAAGACGCUGCCAGAACCUCUGUAAUCCAGUUCAUCAAGGGCCUGGGAGCCUGUAGCUAUAUCGAGGCUGACAGGGAAAAUCCCGCUCAUAUCGUCACUGAUGGUGUCAACUUGUUAGCCAUGCGCGAGUACCAGGAUUUCGUCUAUCCUCAUUCACUAUAUACCAAUUCAAUCGCCGACAUGCUCGUUAUGUAUGGCGUCGAGGCUGCCCGUGCGUGCAUUAUUCGUGAAAUGGCAGCCGUUUUCGACGGUCAUAGCAUCUCGGUCGAUAAUCGCCAUCUUAAUCUCAUUGGUGACGUUAUGACCCAUGCUGGUAGUUUCCGCGCAUUUAACCGCAUGGGUCUGGUGAAGGAUAGCACAUCACCGUUUAUGAAGAUGAGCUUCGAGACCACUGUUGGGUUCUUGAGAGAUGCCGUGCUGGAGAGGGACUGUGAUAAUCUGAAUGGCCCAAGUAGUAGAAUUGUGAUGGGGCGCGUUGGAACGGUCGGUACUGGUGCUUUUGACGUACUUGCUCCUGUCGGCUGA